UCUCGGCACACACGAAGUCGCGUCGUAGUUUUAAAGGCACACUCUGUACAAACGUAGCCACGCACGCCUCUUUCUUCCGUACCUCCGCCUCGCCUUUGCCUCGCCUCGCCUCGCUACGUAGUGAGCAACAGAUAUUAAAGACGUGCACGUUGUAGAAGCGAAACCCGAAACCUGUAGAAAAAAUAAGCGAAAAAUGCAGCGCCCGGCCGCCGAUCACUGGAGAAAAAUCCUACUCGUGUAUAUUUUGCAAUUAUUUUCAUAUGCGACACUAGCGGAUCACAUGAAGGUACAAUUGAUCGCACCGCAAUACGUAAAGUUCGGCAAUACAGCCACUCUGUUCUGCAACCAUACCGUGUCGGACGACUUGCUGCACAAAAUAGAGUUUAUGAAAGGCGAAAAGAAGAUAUUUCAGUAUGUAAAGGAAAGAAACCCGCCGUAUAUCGCAACGUCGCGUAUUGAGGGCGCUAAAAUGGAGUAUUGGAAAAAUGGCACGACAAUCAAACUGCACGAUGUACGCUUUGAAGCUUCCGGUACUUAUACUUGCGAAGUCACUAUGACAACGCCCAUUUAUACUGCGGGCUCUGAUCCCGUGCAGAUGAAAGUGAUAGUUCAACAGGUUAAAAAUCCCGAGAUUACGUUCCAGAAGAACAUGUACGUGGUUGGCGAGAGUCUGGAGGCGAAUUGUACCUCCUCGGCCGCACAUCCAGUUCCUUAUAUAACGUGGUUUAUAAAUGGGAAAGAGGUGGACAUUUCUUUAGUUAAUCACUAUCCGCAUAAGCAACAUAAGGACAAUUUGAUGUCCGCCACCGCCAGGUUGAAAGUGGAAGUUUCCGCUUUGCACGCCGGGGAAAACGGACAUUUAGAGAUGAGCUGUCGGGCAACGAUACCAGACUUUCCCAUGCAGCACGAGCAAUUUGCCGAUAUUAGGAGUAAGACGGUGACGGUGCAAAUCAUACCAGCGCCGGAUGUGACGUCUUCCGCGGCGAUUCUUGUACAAGAACUAACGCUACCUACGAUACUCUGCAUACUGAGCGCGAUGCACGGGUUCAUUCCUUAAUAAAAGUCAAUUGCUCUAGGAUAAUUCGGCUGUAACAUACGUAAUCGUAAGGACACUAAGACGAAAAUGAUGAAACGUAAGAUCGAACAAUCACAAUGUCUUCCUUCGAUAUAUCGAGAUACACGGGGGCAGCGAUUUUAUUGUCUUUGCAGAAGUUUUGUAAACUCAUAGACGCGGCUUCUUCGUGCGCAACUAUUUUCGAUUAUUGCUUUUAACGAGCAUCUCGCUAUCUCGCGAAACAUAUCAAUUCCUAUGUGAAGUAUUGUCGGAGUAUUCGACAAAGUGUGUGUGUCGGAAAGCUAUGUCUCUUUCUUCCGUACGCACAUCCGCUUAUCGCGCGCAAAAAAAAAAGUUAAAUCUUGGAAUCCUUGUCUGAAAAUUAAAACAGAAAAGAAAAAAAAAAGAAAAAAAAACAAACUGUGUAAAAAUACUUCUGCGAUGUGAAAUAUUUUUAUUUUACACCGGAAGAACUUUGAACAAUGUACAUAUAUGUGUAUGUACAUAUAUAUAUUGUUGAAUUAGUUGAAAUAUCCUUUGACGGGGAGAAGAGUUUAUCUUAGUUUAAGAUAAGAUGUGGUUUUAUCGUUAAAUGUAUAAAUUUUGAUCUAUAUUAAUGUUGUUGAAGUAUUAUUAUCACUAUUAUUAUCGAUCACUAACUUAUAUUUCACUUUGAAAAACGAUAUAGUUUUCCGAUACGCGUAAUAUAACAUUUCAUCUAGUCUCGCCUCGCCGCUGGAAAAAUACAAUACAAUGUUUUUCAGGCUGGCGAAUACGUUCCUGUUAUUGUGCGCGCAUUUUUAUAAAAAUUCGUGAGCGUAAAAGGACGCUUUUAAAUCAGUCGAACUAUUAUUUCAAUAGAUUUCUCUCGUUCAGAACAAUAUCUCAUUUUUCUCCGAUAUCAAUUUCUCUAUUUUUUUUUUUUUUUUAGUAGGCUUUCCCUUUUGGGUCAAUAUUUUCUUAUAGCUUAAUCCGCAAGGACCAUGAUUAAAACAAAGUCAAUUUCUACAUGACUUGCAGCACUCGCGAUAAAAAAUGACUUUUUAUGUUUUACGCUCCGUUUCGCGAUGUUCAAUGAUAUCGAUAAAAACAACUUUCCGACAAUAAUUUUUUAAUUAGAGAAGCGACAACUUUCCCACGUAAAAUAAGACAUAGAUGUUAGAGCAAAUUCUCAUCAUCAUUUUCACCAUGAAAUCGAAGCUCGGCGCUUCAUUGGGAACAUUAUACACAAGAAAUUUAAAGCAAGAAUGGCAUAAGUCACGUAUGAUGGCGUCUGAGGUACUUUCGCAUGAGUUGAUAUAAAAAUACCUUAGAGCUCUUUUCUACUUUAAUAAAUUAUGAUUUUUAUGGAUUAUAAUUUAACAAUUACAGCCGUGAAAAUACUCUCACUUAAGCUAUUCUUACUUUCAAUUCUCUCUUGAUACACACACUUUCAUAUAUAAUGAACUGAGGAAUAUCAAUGAAACGGAACGUACAACGCAGUGUUACAAAUUUCAUCGCGUAUUUUACUGAGGAGGCAAACUUGAAAAACAUUGCGACAGCGGCUUGGCAUCUAGAGAGCUGCGAAGAACUAGAAAUAAUUAGAAACAAGUCAGAGUCAGAGUCUGGUCAAAGUUCCACAUGAGUCACUUAUUCGAUAACUGAUCAAUUAAUCAAUGAAGGCAAUCUUCACCGAUAGUCUGUUCAUGCUUUCUCUUUAUUCGAAACACAUAGUACAGUUAUAUCGUAACUUUGAUAAAUUGACCAAACUUUGACGCGACUAUGUGUACAAGUAGCAUUUACGGCCGUCGUGCUUACGGCUAACUUUUCGAAGCAUUAUUGGGCGCGUUACUCGUCAUUACGAUGCGAAACGCGCGAGGCUUGAUGCGAAAUCAUCUCUUGUAUAUCACCGUAUGGCUUGUCACAAACAAGUGCGCGGGAUUAUCCUUUGUCUGUGCUUAUAGCUCGUCGCUGAAAAUCUUAAUCCUUUCUCCGCUGUUGUAACGAAUACCAACAACUAUAAACAGCGAUAUUAACUAUAAUUUAAAAAUAUUUUAGUGCAUAAUAUAUUUUUAUGUAUAGUGAUAUAACUGUUUAAGCUGGUGAUAUUUUGAAAUAUUAAGAGACACACACACGAAGAAUUAUGUCAAUCAGCGUUAUAUUGGAGUGAACGCAAACGAUGCUUUCCAAGGUUUUAGUGUACUAAUUCUAAUCUUGAUUGUUAGGAUAAUUAGAAAAAAAUAAAUCUUUGUCUCUCUUUGUUUAGAGACUAGUCUAUCUAAAAGGAUCGAUAACUUCGGAGAUUGUUCUCGUGAACGUAAGUCUGUAGUUACAUUACGUGUAGCUCGCGUGAGAGUGAAUAUACUUUCGGUUACGAUUAAUAAAAAAAUUAAAACAAAAAAACAAAUUGUAAGCAGAUAAUAAAUUAACGAUCAUCGUAGUUAGGGAAGGAGAAAUCUUAGGGAACAAGAUUAACUACGUAGUGCUUUAUAGACUAAAGAAUAUAUUUACGAUUAACAAAUUUUUACGCAUAUUUCAGACUGCAACUAUUUGCUAAAAUCGAGAUUAACUAAUCCAAUUGCCUGCAGAUUCUUACAUGCUUUUUAAACUUACAAGAAAUAUACUACUUUUUCAUUUUUAUUAUAUUUACAACGUAAGCAAGCAUCGAUCGUCUAAGCAAGGUUCAAAAGCUUAGCAACGAUAUUUUAAUUCAGAAGUGCCUUUUUCAUAUAUUGUCUGCGAAUUAGAAAAUAUCUCAUGCAGAUUUCUCGGUCUGCCAGGCGACAUUCUAUACUUGGAAAGCAAAACCUCAACAUUGAGAAUCGAUAUGAAAAGAAGUCGCCUUUUUGCCGAUGUCACUCACUCUAAUAAAACUCUCAUUCGUUUUAAAUGUUUACUCUAGUGUGUCGAAGGUUAUUAUAAUACAGAUGUACUGCAAGCUUGAAUUUUAACUGUAAUUUCUAAAAAUAAACAUAAAAUUGAUUGGUUUAGAUUUUUGAUACUAGGUUUUAUUAUCUCAUAUAAAAAAAAAUUAUAUU